AAGAUUAAGCCCCAACCAAGUCUGAAAGAAUCAAGUCAUAAAUUAAUCAGUUACACUGGAAACAAUCUUGCUGUGUUAGGAACUACAGAACUAUGUGUAGAAUCAGAGACAAAUCAAUCUAGAAACUUAACUUUCUAUGUGGUAGACACAAAUCAACCAGGUCUUUUGGGACUCAAAGCAGCUCAGGAACUCGGGUUGAUAAAAAUCGUGGGAAAUACCAGAGCAGACUCAACGGCCAAGAAACCACCAGCACAUCUCAAAGAAGAAGUAUUCAAGAAACAUCAGAAAACUUCACUGGUUUGGGUCGUUUAG